AUGAGCGACCACGAAAAUACCGAUGCUUGGUCAUCAGAUGGUGAUAGUGCCUCUUCAGAGAGCUUUACCUCAUCUGAUUCCGAGUCACGAACAAACGGCGUCACUAAAAGUGUCCGUCAUCUUAAGCAUACUGGAGUACUGGAGGGAACUGAGUUAAUUGACCAUGCUAUUGAUAGAUGGACCACUUAUUCUCAAUUAUGCGAUCGUGGUAUUGCCUCUCUUCGUGAUACUAUGGUUGAUUCAUAUGUGAAAAAAGCCAUCGAGACGAAACCUUGUCAAAUUCCAAGUAGACAUGACUCUGCUGAGACUGUUAGCAAAUCCAUUACCCUGUCUGGUGAUUCGCCAUCGCUAUCUAAAUCCCUUCAUAGAAGUAAUCAGAAGUUAGCUGAGUUAAGAGCCUUUCGUAGGAUUGGUCGUCCCUCUAAACGAGCUGAAAAUGCGAAGCACGCAACCGCUACCUCACGGUUUGCAAUAUUCUCCUCAAAUUUGGCUCCAUGGAGACCUAUGGGUGCGUCAUCACAAAAGUGUCUUUAUCGAGAUCCUACAAUCUCCACAUGGGAGUAUAAGUGUUGUAAACCCUCAAUUCCUCUUCUUCCAUACUGUGCUGAGCAUUUGGUUUUGUCAGAAGAGCCGGCAGGCAAUCCGCCAGCUCAAUCCCAAUUACAGCACCAGAACCCGAUUACUCCCGGUUCUCCACCUUCCAUGGCCUUCUCAUUAUCCAAUCAACCAGAUAUCGAGAUAGCUGGUGAGGCAGGAGCCAAUAUUUCACAGCAGCAAGUCCUUCCUUCCCCAACAACGGUAACCUCGGACUCGGUUUCUUCUGAUCGAAAACUUGCACUCUCACCGGUUGGGAAGGGGAAGUUGGAAAGCGGCAAACCGCAGAAACCUACAUCUAAGAAGUCAACAUCGACUAAGUCCCGUUCUGGAGCUGAUGGAAACACGGGGCAAAAUGAAAUCCAGUUUGUACCACAGUAUCUUUUCCGCAAAUGUGGUGGUGGACCGAACAAUGACUGCUCUCAACCUGUGAUCAAUUGGACCGACUCUACUCGCUGUCACCUACACACCACCUUUUCUAAUCUUUUUCCUCUUCCACCUAAAAAGGAAGAGGAGGGCAUCCUCUUCUUAUGGAAGAUGCCAGACGGCUAUGCAGAUUCAGACGUCUUGAUUGUUUCGGCUUGCAGGACACCAAUCGGACGCUUCUGUGGUUGCUUGGCCAGUAUUGCUACCCAUGAACUUGGGGGAACCGUCAUCUCUGAAUGCAUCAAAAGGGCAUCCAAGCAAUUUGUCGAUCAAACAGAAGAAGAGGUCUUGAGUCAUGUUACUGAGGUCAUUAUGGGUCAAGUGUACACCGCAGGUGGUGGCCAGAAUCCAGCACGACAGGCCGCGAAAUCUGCAGUCUAUCAUUUUCCAUGUGAAUAUCUACCCAAAGACUCAAUCUUUUCCUUUGUUUCUCAGAAAGGCCUCUCCUACACAGUGCCCGCCUGGGGUCUCAAUAUGCUCUGUGCUUCGGGCAUGAAAGCGGUGUGCCAGUGCUUCCAGACCCUGCGUCUUGAGGGUGGUAUGGCAGUGGCCGGUGGUCAGGAGUCAAUGUCCCGCUGCCCACAUAUCACUCCCCCUGGCUGUUCACUUAGGCGUGGUGGUGGAGGUGGCAACGCCGAUGGGCUACCCAUCUUCGGCGACUUCAGACUCAUGGAUAGUCUCCUAAAUGAUGGCCUUGAGGACGCCUUCUACGGCAUUCACAUGGGUGUCACUGCCGAGAAUAUCGCUCAAAAAUUCCACAUCCGUCGAAUAGAUCAAGACGCUUUUGCUUAUGAGUCCCAGGCACGAUGCAAACAAGCCGUAGAAUUGGGCAAAUUCAAAUCCGAAAUCGCUCCUGUCUCCAUCACUAAAACCGACAAACGGGGAAUCCCAAUCGAACCAAUUAUAAUCUCCCUAGACGAACCCCCGCGACCACAAACCACAAUGGAGGCGCUGGCUAGACUGCCUCCGGCCUUCGCCAAUGGGCUGCCGCAAUCUCAGGAUGGGACUGUUACUGCUGGUAAUGCUAGUGCUCUUGCUGAUGGUGCUGCUGCUUUGCUACUCUGUCGAGGCGAUACUGCCAAGAACCUGGGUCUGCGCUGUCCGUUGGGCCGUAUCAUGGGCUGGCACCAAAGUGGUUGUGAACCCCUAGUAAUGGGCCUGGGACCAAUCGAUGCGGUGAAGGGUCUCAUGGAUAAGCUCUCUUGGUCAGUCGAGGACGUCAGUCUCUUUGAACUAAACGAAGCCUUUGCGGCUCAAUCACUAGCCGUUCUUAACGAAUUGGGUUUGCCAAAGGAUCGAACAAAUGUGAAUGGAGGAGCAAUCGCACUGGGUCACCCAAUCGGUUGUAGUGGGGCUCGUAUCCUUGUCACCCUAGUUCACAGUCUCCAUCGGCUAGCUCACAGUUCCUCAAAAAUCAUGGGAGUGGAUUCUAAAGAAACUCCUCUUCGUGGAAUUGCAGCUCUAUGUGUCGGUGGUGGGAUGGGUCUAGCGAUUGCCGUCGAGAUUUUACCCCAUUUAACCUCUUCUAAUUGUCCCCUUAUCAUGUCCACCUAG